CUCUCUAUAUAUAUAUAUAUAUAUAUAUCUCACAGGACACCAUGGGAUUUGAGAAAGAAGUGUGCUCAUCCUCUCAUGUGCUCCAAAUUCCACGUCUAUCCAGAGAGGACACUCCACUCCUCUCCAAAUCUAAACACCUCUCCACCCAAUCCAAGACCUUUGCAAACGUUUUCAUUGCUAUAGUUGGCUCAGGUGUCCUUGGCCUCCCCUACACCUUCAAAAGGACAGGUUGGGUCAUGGGUUCACUCAUCCUCAUCUCGGUUGCCUUCCUCACAUACCACUGCAUGAUGUUGCUCAUCCACACUCGUCGGCGACUCGAAUCCCUCCACGGCUUUGCCAAGACCAAGAUAUCCUCCUUCGGCGAUCUGGGUUUUGUUGUCUGUGGCCCCGUCGGCCGCUUCUCCGUUGACUCCAUGAUCGUCCUCUCCCAAGCCGGUUUUUGCAUCAGCUACCUCAUUUUCAUUGCCAAUACCUUAGCAUACCUUUUCAAUUACUCUUCAAUCAAUCUCAAUCCCACAAUAUUGGGUUUUUCACCAAAGUCAUUCUUCAUCUGGGGUUGUUUUCCCUUCCAAUUGGGAUUGAAUUCGAUUCCGUCGCUGACCCAUUUGGCCCCUCUGAGCAUUUUCGCCGAUGUAGUCGAUAUCGGAGCAAUUGGUGUGGUUAUGGUGGAAGAUGUGUUGAUUUUUCUGAAGCAGAGGCCUGUUUUGCAAACAUUUGGAGGGUUCUCAGUGUUCUUCUACGGUAUGCGUGUGGCGGUUUACGCAUUCGAAGGGAUUGGAAUGGUUUUGCCACUGGAAUCAGAGAUGAAAGACCGAAGCAAAUUCGGGAAAAUUCUGGGUUUGACAAUGGCUUUCAUUUCUUUCAUGUACGGAGGUUUCGGAGUUCUGGGUUACUUUGCAUUCGGUGAAGAGACCAAAGACAUAAUCACAACCAAUUUUGGGCAGGGUUUCGUGAGCAGUCUGGUCCAGCUAGGUCUGUGUGUGAACCUGUUCUUCACUUUCCCAUUGAUGAUGAACCCUGUUCAUGAAGUGGUUGAGAGGAGGUUUUGCGAGGGCAAGUACUGUUUGUGGCUGAGAUGGGUUGUGGUUUUGGGGGUGAGUUUGGUGGCACUUUUGGUGCCCAAUUUUGCAGAUUUCUUGUCUCUGGUGGGGAGUAGUGUGUGUAUAGUUGUGGGUUUUGUGUUGCCUGCUUUGUUUCACUUGACAGUGCACAAGGAUGAGUUGAGUAGGAAAGGGUUGGUGUUGGAUUUGGCAAUUGUGGUGUUAGGGUUGAUUUUUGGGAUAUCAGGAACAUGGUCUUCUCUACUGGAGAUUUUUGCAGCCAUGGAUUGACCAACAUUUUUUCUUUUUUAAUAAUUUUUAUUUUAAUUUUGAUAAAAUGCAUUUUUUGCACUGUUUAAAACGAAAGAUCAAUUGUAAAGAAGUGUUUGAUUUAAUUUAUGACUACAAUAAAAAUACUGAGUAAAAAAUUGUUGACAUAUAAUUUAUAUUUCUAUCCACACCAAACAUACAAUUCAUAUUUCUAAACCCUAAAGAAAAAAAGAAAUACUUGAUUCAAAAACGUGCCUACUAAAUCAGUGGCAUAUUGGACUUUAUGUAAAAAUAUUGUGGGUGUUUACAAUUGUGGUCAUUCUAUUGGAUUACAACUGUUUAAGGAACUUUUUUUUUUUUUUUUUUUUUUUUUUUUUUUUUUUUUUUGGGUUCACGAGUUUGUAAUAUUGUUGUAUAUAGUACUGAGGAGGCCCAGGACGACAUGGGCCGAAUCUGACUUGCAAGCACGACAUUCGGUCCGUACAGCUGGGUCGGCCCAUAAAAAGACACUGCCAUAUGGGCCGAACGCAAAUAAGCCCAUCAAAGGCGACCAGGACUUAUGGAGGAACAGGCCCAGAUCCAGCAAUCCGUCAAUAUUUGUAAAUAUCUAUAAAUAAGGGAAGGAAUGAAAAGAAGAGGGGGAUCUUUUGGUUGAAGUGUAAGAAUUCUAGAGAGAGAAAGUGGGGAUGAAUUUCUUGCAUCUUCAAUUGGCGCCGUCUGUGGGAAACGCAUGGAAGUUUGGUUGAUCAAUGAGGAAUAUCGAGUGGAUUCAGACCAAUUCGGUUGAUCGAGACUCGAUCUUUGGGAUUUGGAUCCAGAUCUGAGCGAUUGUGACCUACUCUGGAGGAAUUACAAUUCUUGAAGCUUUGGCGGAAGUGGCUUCAGAUCUACGCAACAACGAGUUGUUCGAUUGUGGCGGGAUCUGACGGAUUUAGAGUUCAGACAAUUCAGAUCUCGUAAACGGUGAGCGUAAUUCGGAGAAUUCGAAACCAGAUCUGAAAAAUUCCCACUCACGAAGCUCAGAUCUACUCGCGAACUUGAGAUUAAUGCCUUUACUCCGUUCAGGAAUAAUGAUAGGUGAAAGCUCCAAUCCGAUGGAGGCUGUCCAGCAAACAAAGCUUGAGGAGUUGAUGAACUUGAUUGAGGCUCUCAAAAAAGAGAAUGCAGAAUUGAAAGCUGGAAUGCAACAUCGGCAAAUA